AUGGGAAUCGAACCCAUACCUCCUGCUAUCCGGGCAAUAAUACGUGAAGCAAAAAAUGAAACUGAAACUGAAACUAAAACAAGUACAACAAAAACUGAAAUUACUACAUUUUUACAAUUAUUUGAAAAACAUCAAGGUCUUGCUCAUUUUGAAGCACUUGAAUUAUUAUCAGAUCAAUCAUCAACUAUUUUACAAACAAUGAGUUAUGGAAAUGAAAAAUUUCUUGAACAAAUUGAUAAUUAUUUUCAAUUAGAUGAUGAUGAUUAUGAAAUAAAUAAUAUCUUAGAUUCAUCAACAACAUAUGAUGAUAAUAAUGAUAAUAAUCAUAUACCAAGUUUAGAUAUUUUAUCACAAAAAUUUACUGCAUAUCAAACACAAUUACGUUCAACAGUAUCCGUUGAUAAAUUACUUGAAGUUUAUGAAUCAGCUAAUCAAUUUCUAACUGAAUGGGAUUGGAUGGAUACAGAACUUGAUCAAAAAACAUUAGCUGAUGAAGCUAUUGAUUGUUUAGCUGUAUUAUGUGCACGUAUUAUUGAAUAUUAUCGUAGAACAGCUGAAUUAUUUUUAAUCGGUUGUAAAAGUUUAACAUCAUUUUCAAUUGAUAUUGAAUUAUUAGCUAUAUAUGAAAAACAACAAAAAGAUUUUUCAAAUAUGCUUGCUGGUAUACCAAAUUUAUUUGCUAAACAUAUGAAACAAAUAUCAAAUGUAUCAUCAAAUGGAAAUGAUAUACCAAUAAGAUGUGAUAUUAAAUUAAAAGAAAAACUUUUAAAUCAAAUGUUUAUUCAAUCAUCUAGUUCACAAACAUAUGCUUCUGAUGCAUAUGUUUUACUUAAACCUAUUGUUAGUCAAUCAAUUUUAUAUCAUACAUCAACAACAAGAUAG